AUGAGCGGCGGCGAUGGUCGGCGACGGAGACCGUCGGUCGGAGGAGGUGGAGGCGGUGGCGGCGCCGGCGCCGGCAGCUGGGGGGGUCGGAGGUCUGGAUCGUCGGCGGCCAAGGAGCAGCGGCUACGGCUAGGGGCAGAGGAGCUUCUCGAGGGCCGGCUUGGCUUCGCACCCUACACCGAAGGCGACCGCCGACUUGGCUGGCUCCUGACCUUCUCCCCCUCAUCAUGGGAGGACGAGGAUACAGGGAAAAUCUACAGCUGUGUUGACCUCUACUUUGUGUCCCAGGAUGGUUCUACGUUCAAAGUGAAGUACAAGUUCCCACCUUACUUUUAUGCUGCAACUAAGGACAAGAUGGAGUUUGAAGUUGAGGCGUAUCUCAGGCGACGUUAUGAAGGGGAAAUUGCUGAUAUAGAAAUAAUUGAGAAAGAAGAUCUGGACCUUAAAAACCAUCUUUCUGGUUUGAAGAGAAAAUACUUGAAGAUUCAGUUUGAUACUGUGCAACAAUUAAUGCGCGUGAGGAAUGACCUAUUGCAUGUUGUUGAAAAGAAUGAAGAAGAACGAGACGCUGUGGAUGCAUUUGAAUCAAUUUAUGGUGUAAAAAGGGUAGAAAGGCCACAGGAUUACAUAAAUUGCAUCAUUGAUUUACGUGAAUAUGAUGUUCCCUAUCAUGUUCGUUUUGCUACAGAUAAGGAUGUAAGAUCUGGGCAGUGGUACAAUGUUAGUGUAUCUGGUUCCGAUGUUUUGCUGCAGAGAAGGGAAGAUCUGCUUCAGCGUGCAGAAGUUCAUGUAUGUGCAUUUGAUAUUGAGACCACAAAGCUGCCCCUAAAGUUUCCUGAUGCUGAAUAUGACAGCGUAAUGAUGAUCUCCUACAUGAUUGAUGGGCAAGGGUACUUGAUAAUCAACCGAGAGUGUGUAGGGGAAGAUAUUGAGGAUUUGGAGUACACACCUAAACCAGAAUUCGAGGGGCAUUUUAGAGUUAAGAAUGUCGCAGACGAGGUGGGUCUACUUAAAGCUUGGUUUUCUCACAUGCAAGAGGUUAAGCCUGGUAUUUAUGUUACAUAUAAUGGCGACUUUUUUGAUUGGCCGUUUUUGGAGAAGAGAGCUGCUCAUCAUGGGAUAAAAAUGAAUGAGGAGAUUGGUUUCCAAUGCGACAGUAAUCAAGGGGAAUGUCGAGCUAAAUUCUCCUGUCAUCUUGACUGUUUUGCCUGGGUGAAGCGAGACAGUUACCUUCCACAGGGGAGCCAAGGUCUAAAGGCUGUUACAAAAGCCAAGCUUGGUUAUGAUCCUCUCGAAGUCAAUCCAGAAGAUAUGGUUCGCUUUGCAAUGGAGCAGCCACAGACAAUGGCUUCUUAUUCUGUAUCAGAUGCUGUUGCGACAUACUACUUAUACAUGACUUAUGUCCAUCCAUUUAUUUUCUCCCUUGCGACCAUAAUACCUAUGUCACCUGAUGAAGUAUUGCGGAAAGGAAGUGGGACACUUUGUGAAAUGCUGCUAAUGGUCCAGGCAUUCAAGGCCAAUAUCAUUUGUCCUAACAAGCACCAAGCUGAUCUGGAGAAGUUCUACAAUAACCGUCUAGUAGAAAGCGAAACAUACAUCGGUGGUCAUGUUGAGUGCCUUGAAACUGGUGUAUUUAGAUCUGAUCUUCCUACAAAGUUUCAGCUUGAACCCUCAGCAUUUGAGCAAUUGAUUGAAAAUCUUGAUCGUGAUCUGCAAUAUGCCAUUGCUGUCGAAGGAAAAUUGGAUAUUCAUUCUGUCACAAAUUAUGAUGAAGUCAAGGAUGCCAUAAAGCAAAAGCUUGUUUCGUUGCGAGACCACCCAACUCGUGAAGAAUGUCCUCUUAUAUAUCAUCUGGAUGUUGCUGCAAUGUAUCCAAAUAUCAUUUUGACAAAUAGGCUCCAGCCGCCAUCCAUAGUUACAGAUGUGGACUGCACAGCAUGUGAUUUCAAUCGCCCUGGAAAGAAUUGCCUUAGAACGCUUGAAUGGGUCUGGCGAGGAGAAACCUACAUGGCAAAAAAGAGUGACUAUCAUCAUAUAAAGAGACAAAUUGAAUCAGAGAUGAUUCAAGCUGGUGGGGUUACAUCUUCGAAGCCUUUCCUUGACCUCUCAAAACCAGAGCAUUUACUAAAACUGAAGGAUCGUUUGAAGAAGUACUGCCAGAAGGCGUAUAGAAGAGUAGUUGACAAGCCAAUUACAGAAGUUAGAGAAGCUGGAAUAUGCAUGCGCGAAAAUUCUUUCUAUGUAGAUACAGUCCGAAGCUUCCGUGAUAGAAGGUAUGAAUACAAAGGCCUGAAUAAAACGUGGAAAGGAAAACUGGCAGAAGCAAAAGCUAGUGGAAAUUCUAUCAAAAUUCAGGAAGCACAGGACAUGGUUGUGCUAUAUGAUUCGUUGCAACUUGCUCACAAGUGCAUAUUGAAUUCUUUUUAUGGAUAUGUUAUGCGCAAGGGUGCAAGAUGGUACUCUAUGGAAAUGGCUGGUGUUGUAACAUAUACUGGUGCGAAGAUCAUCCAAAAUGCUCGAUUACUUGUAGAUAAAAUUGGAAGACCACUGGAACUUGACACAGAUGGCAUUUGGUGUGUUUUGCCUGGUUCUUUUCCAGAGAAUUUUACUUUCAAGACAAAAGCUGAGAAGAAGCUCACGAUAUCUUACCCCUGCGUGAUGCUUAAUGUUGAUGUCGCAAGAACCAACACCAAUGAUCAAUAUCAAACACUGAAAGAUCCAGUAAAUAAGCUAUAUACAACAAACAGUGAAUGCUCCAUCGAAUUUGAGGUAGAUGGACCAUACAAGGCUAUGAUCCUACCUGCCUCUAAAGAGGAAGGGAUUCUGAUAAAGAAGAGGUAUGCUGUCUUCAAUGAAGAUGGCACCCUGGCAGAACUUAAAGGUUUUGAGAUCAAGCGUCGAGGUGAGCUGAAGCUCAUCAAAGUUUUUCAGGCGGAGGUAUUUGAUAAAUUUCUCCAUGGUUCAACUUUAGAGGAAUGCUAUGCAGCUGUUGCCUCUGUUGCUAACCGUUGGUUAGAUCUACUGGACAAUCAGGGAAUUGAUAUUUCUGACAGCGAGUUGCUUGGCUUCAUAUCAGAGUCAAGCACAAUGAGUAAAUCCCUAGUUGACUAUGGAGAACAGAAGUCAUGUGCUGUAACUACAGCAAAAAGACUUGCUGAAUUCCUUGGAGACUCAAUGGUUAAAGACAAAGGACUGCACUGCCAAUAUAUAGUUGCCCGAGAGCCACAAGGCACUCCAGUGAGCGAGCGUGCUGUUCCAGUGGCUAUUUUUGAGACAGAUGCUGAAAUAGCAAAAUUUUAUUUAAGAAAAUGGUGUAAAGUCUCCACGGAGGCAAACAUCCGAUUUAUUCUUGAUUGGUCUUACUACAAGCAACGCCUAAGCUCGGCUAUUCAGAAAAUCAUAACUAUUCCUGCAGCAAUGCAAAAGAUUUCAAAUCCUGUUCCCCGAGUUCUUCAUCCUGACUGGCUGCACAAAAAAGUGAGAGAGAAGGAUGAUCGGUUUCGCCAACGCAAACUACGUGAUAUGUUCAGUCCCUUGGAGAAAGACAGGGUGAUGCAGAACUUGAAUGGAACUGGAGACAUAGAGGAUUUAUUGACAUCAGACAAAGGUCUGACAAAAACUACUGCAUCCCAUGGUUUUAACAGUGGCAAAGAAAAUCAUCUGAAUAGGUCUCCAUCAGCAGAAGGUGGGUCAGAUCAUAGGAAAAACCAGCAAAAAUCUGUAACCAGGUCAAAUGAGCCACUCCGAGAUGACUCUGCGGAUGAAAGAGUUGAUAGAAGUACUGAUUAUCAAGGAUGGCUUGAUGCUAGGAAGAGAAAAUGGAAAUAUGUUCAUGAACAGAAGAAACGUCGAAGGUUGGGUGGUGCAGCCUCUUCCGAGGGUCCCACUAAUAACUUGUUUUCUGCAAGAAUUGGCAGUCAGUUGCAUGCUAAUGGCAGGAAUCGGUCUACAUUUUUCCAGAAACAGGAAUUGUCCCUCUUUAGAUCACAUUGGCAGAUAAUCCAGCUUUCUACAAGUACAUUGCCUGGCCGUUUUUUUGCGUGGGUUGUUGCUGAUGGGAUCAUGUUCAAGAUUCCUAUCAACGUGCCUAGAGUUUUCUACCUAAACUCGAAAGCUCCUGUCACAGACGAAUUUCCAGGAAGGCGUGUAAAGAAGAUUCUUCCUCAUGGAAGGCCAUCUUUCAAUCUCAUUGAGGUUGUUACUAGUGAAGAACAGUUCAGGGCUGAAGGAAGAAAACUUGCUGCUCAUCUUGCAGAGCCAGAUGUCGAAGGCAUAUACGAGACAAAAAUUCCACUGGAGCUUAAUGCUAUUCUCCAAAUUGGCUGUGUCUGCAAAGUGGACAAGUCUGCAAAGAAACGUAGUAUCCAAGACGGAUGGGAUCUCGCUGAGUUGCAAAUGAAAACAACUGCAGAGUGCUCAUACCUGGAACAAACAGUUUCAUUUUUCUAUCUAUACCACAGCUUGUCUGAAGGAAGGGCUGUAUAUGUCAUGUACUUUCCUACAUCUUCCAGAAUACAUGCGGUGGUUGUCAAUCCUUUCCGUAAUAAAGAACUAUCUCCGGCAUUUCUCGAAAAGCAAUUUCGGGAUGCUUGCCAAACUCCUGGCCCUUUGCAUGAAAAUCUUACUUCCCAUGUGGACUACCACACAUCUAUUGAUGCAGGUAGCAAAUUUGUGCAAAAAAUGUUACUUGAGUACAGACAACAGCAUCCUGGACCUGUCAUAGGCAUCAUAGAAUGCCCUAAACUCCAAGCUUUAAGGGAAUCAGUACGAGCACUUGAUGAUUUCCCAUGUGUAACCAUUCCUUGCAAUGCACGGGACAACAACUAUCAGGCUCUUGGUUGGCAAGCAACAGCUGGUAGAACAAGCAUGCAGCGCUGUGCUGCAUCAACCCAAUGGUUCAAUGAAAGAAUUUCACUCGCUAGAUAUGCACAUGUGCCAUUGGGAAACUUUGAACUUGAUUGGCUUCUUUUUACUGCUGAUGUGUUCUUCUCAAGGGCAUUGCAUGAUCAACAGCAGGUACUAUGGAUAUCUGACGAUGGUAUUCCUGAUUUAGGAGGCACGUGUGAAGGAGAUACAUGCUUUGCUGAUGAAGUCAUUCAGCCCGCGCUAACAUAUCCUGGCGCUUAUAGAAGGGUUUCUGUUGAGCUUAAGAUUCAUCAUCUGGCGGUUAAUUCUCUCCUUAAGAGCAGUCAAGUGGAUGAAAUGGAAGGAGGAUCUAUCGGCAGCUUUGAAAAUGACAUUCCUCCUGGUUCAAAUGCCACUGAAACUGACUUCAAUGAUGCCAGCUUAUGUCUACCUGCUUUCCAAGUGCUGAAGCAACUCAUUCAAAGAUGCAUCUCAGAUGCAGUGUCUUCUGGAAAUGUAUUUGCUGAUGCAAUAUUGCAACAUCUGUACCGUUGGCUUUGCAGCCCACGAUCGAAACUUCAUGACCCAGCUCUCCAUCGCCUCCUUCAUAAUGUCAUGAAGAAGGUCUUUGCUCUAUUGUUAGCCGAGUUUCGGAAGCUUGGAGCUAAUGUUAUCUUUGCAAACUUCUCUAAGAUAAUCAUAGAUACUGGAAAGGUGGACUUGCCAUCAGCACAUGCAUACUGUGAUAGCUUGCUAAAAACCUUACAGACAAGGGAUCUUUUUGAGUGGAUAGAGUUGGAACCUUUGCACUAUUGGCAUUCCUUACUGUUCAUGGAUCAGUAUAACUAUGGCGGGAUUCAGGCUAAAACACAAAAUGUAACAUCUGCCGACAGUUCAGAUGGUGAUAAUGAUAUCGACAUUGUGUCUAGUUGGAACAUUGCAGAAUACUUACCCAAAGCUACACAGGAUCACUUUGUCUUAAUCGUAUCCGAGUUCCUAUAUGUUCCAUGGAAAUACAUGAACGAACAAGUAGCUUGUCGAGCUGCUACGAGGGAUGAUACCUCAUGUACUCCGUCUAUAACAAUCAUGGCUGCUGAGAAUCUUGAGGGCCAGGUUGUAGAUUACCUUCGUGCGCAGAUCGGUACUUACUUUGCAGAAAAGCUUCUUACGAUUGUGAGUGAUAUACUUCUCCAUUUUAAAGGAAAAGGCAAGUCUGAAUCAGCUGAAUCUGCAAAUAGGGAGCCUGAUUCUCACACACAUAAAGGCGAUGCUGGAUUAGAGUUCAUUAAACAUAUAUGUGCUGUUCUUGCUCUCGAUCAGAAUGUUCAGCAUGAUAUAUUGAGAAUGAGAAAGAACUUGUUGAAGUUGGUUCGUGUAAAGGAAUUCGCUCCAGAGGCACAAUUCCAAGAUCCCUGUGCAUCAUUCACUCUCCCAAACGUGAUCUGCAGCUAUUGCAAUGAUUGCCGGGAUCUUGAUCUCUGCCGUGAUUCAGCACUCCAAGGUCAGGAGUGGAGAUGCGUGGUACCACAAUGUGGGCAGCCAUACCACCGCGAGCAGAUGGAAAAUGCACUUCUACAGGUUGUGCGUCAGCGAGAGAGGCUAUACCACUUGCAGGAUUUGGUCUGUGUCCGCUGCAGGCAAGUGAAAGCAGCUCAUGUAUCUGAGCAGUGCUCCUGUGGAGGCUCAUUCCGCUGCAAGGAAGAAUCGUCAUACUUCCUUACCAAGAUGCGGGUCUUCCUAAAUGUUGCCGUCAGUCAAAAGUUUGAGUUGCUUCAGGAUUGUGUCAAAUGGAUUCUGGAAGUCAGGUGAUGCCAAUGGUAUCUCAGUUAGCGACUUAACAUACCACAGUUAACCUCUGUUUUCCAGCAGCCAACUUACAGCCUCAAAGAAUGUACAGGUACAAUGUAAUGGUAUUACAAGAAUGUGCUGUCCAUGAGUCCAUUUCUGUGAGCCAUUAGAUCCCUGCUACUAUUAUUUCUCAUUUUAUAGAAGCUUUGUCAAGCCUGUCAUUGUUGCUUCUCGAUGACUUGAGCUGGUAGAGAACGGUUAUCUCAUGUUUUAUACAUUCUAUAUGGUACUCA